GGGGCACCUGAAGCUCCUCAAUACAAAUUAAAUUAGUAACCCUAUAAUCUAUCUUCACCUUCUAAAGAAAGCAUUCCAGGGUCAGACAGUGCUUUUAGAUAUUUAUCUGCGGCUACAUGUGUGUUUUCAGGUUCUCGAGUAAUCUUUCAACAGUAGUUUCUUUGGAUCCUCUUUAACUUGGGACAUGUGUAAGUAAACAAUACAGUCACAAGUACAGCAUACCAAUGUGAUUAAAAUCAAAGGUUCAUGUUUUGCAGAAGUAAUGCUCUCCUUAAAUAAUGAUCAUCAUUGGUUUAACCUACAAACAUGGACAAUUUUAUACCCUCACAUCUGCACCUGUAUUGUGUUUGGUUCAGUUUAAUGAAAGAUAUGGUGGCGGGGGUUAUAAGGAGCCUGCUAUUCAAUAAGGAUCUCUUUUUUUAUGCAGUGAGAGCUUAAAGACAGAAAACUUUAGACACAUACUUCUCAAACAGCAUUGAUAAAAGCAAUUUAUGUUGGUAAAUUUGUGGAUUAUUUACCAUAAGGCACCUGAAUCUCCUCAAUACAUCCAAAUUUAGUAAACCUAUAAUCUUUCUUCGCCCUCUAAAGAAAGCAUUCCAGGGUCAGACAGCGCUUUCAGAUAUUUAUCUGCAGCUACUUGUGCGUUUUCAGGUCAAGGACGUGUUCGUGCAGCAGCGUUAUAAACCCAUCCUUGUGACUCCUCGUUUUGACUGCUGCUGAUGCUGUGCGCACCGCACUGUGGGCUGGCUUCAGCCAAUCACGUCCGUUGGCGGCGGGAGGGGGCGGGGGGAAAGCAGUCAUUCCCUUCUAACUGACCGUGGAGCAGUUCACAUUCUUCGUCUGUCGAACCGCGGCAUCACGUACAGGUUCAUGCACCUCUGACUGGGCUGUUUUUUUGUUAAUUUAAACCCAAACAUCUUCACCUUAAAGCGCAGUAUUAUUUUCAUCUAACUGUCAUCCAUGAGAUUCUUCAGGCUUACCUUCAAGUGCUUCGUCGACUGCUUUUGAAUCCUUGUCAACGGCUGAACUGACUGCGGCGCCUCGUUAACAUUUUUCCAUCUCUUGGCUGAGCUGAGGGGUUCCAACGUGUGAUAAUCAUAAAAAACUGAGAUUUUAUUUAUUUCAAGAGGGCGAAAUAACACUCAGAAUAUCAAAGAGACAACUGGAGCACUGUAUACUGUGGCUACAUCUCUCCGUCUGCCUGCCUGAGCCCGCCGGGCACAUUGAAAAAAUCACUUGGGCAGCCCUUGGCUAUACCAACAGCCAGCAGCUUUGCUCUUUUUUUGUAAAAAAAAAAAAAAAAAAAAACGAUAUUUUUGUGCCGCUACCCUUCAACAUGUCACCUGAAUUGGAAGAAACCAGCCAAGGUGAGUAUGCACAAUGCUUGCAGAUGGCUCUUUAUUGACCAUUUGUUUCAGACACUAGCUUCAACAUGAGCACAUGCUGUUGAACCAGAGCAUCCCUGACUCACUCACUCACUCACUCGCUGCCUUGACGUUAUUCUUCAACCAUCUUCACCUAACUUACCUCAGUUUCAUUUUCAGAGCUGAAUCAACUGCAAAGAAAUCAUGUUGUAGCUACAAAUUGGUGUGGGAUGUGUCAUUCAAACUGGUGACACAGAAGACACAACAGUGAUGUCAAGUUUUACGUCAGUAUCAUUAGCAUUAUACUCUUACAUACUCUGUGGUUGGUCAUGGCAUGUAAGAUUGAGUGAGUCAUAGCCAUGCUACCUGAUGUGCAGGGGAUAUUUAGGGUUAUUUUAAAGAUAUAGACACAUUUAUAGAUUUUGUUUUUCAAAGAUGUGAUCUGUUUUGAUCAACUUUCAAUCAUCCAAUUCAGCAUGCACCCAUUCCUCACACACGAAUAAUCAUAACACGCAGGUACCCCUUUUUUUUCCCUUUCACCUUCCUCACUCUUUUCCCCUCCACUGUUCACACACCCCCUCAAACUGCUCUGAUCUGGAUUCAGCUGCCUUUGCUUUGCAUCCAGCACAGCACACACAGCAGCUGACAGAUAUGCAAUGGUACAAAUGGAGUGACACAUAGCUUUUUUAUUGUGCGUUUACUUGUAUUCUGUGUAAGUAGGAUAAAAGGAAACAAAAGCGUCUGUGAGGGUCAUAGGAGCUUGAGAUUUACCUCGGAGCGGUUGUGUGCUGUGUUGUACCGCAGUACACUAAUCAUCAGUCUCUCUGUGAGACGAGCAAAGGGAAGAACGGGGGAGGGCUUAGUGAUGACAAUAGAGCUGCAACGUGAUUUUAGCCUUUCAGACAUUAAUGAAGCUCACCAAUGCAAUGAUACAGCUGCUUUUAGCCUUGUUAUGGCUCUGUGCAGGUUUUAAUAAUCAGCACAGGUUGGGCUGAUGCUGUAUUGAGAUGAAUGGAAACACACAGCCAGCCCCCCCUCCCUCCAUUCAGUGCAAGUCUGGCUCAAGAGACAUCAAUCAUUUUUCUCUUAUGUUGACAUGGAGAGUAAACUAAAUAUUGCCGAAUCGAUGCUAAUUCUUGUUGUUCUUUGUCUUCCUAUCGUCUAGCUAUGUCUCAUUUUUCUCAUCUUUCUCGUCUCUCUAUCCCGUCCAGGUGAAAUCAGUCUCCCUCAAUUAGAGGCCGGGGCCUUGUCCGAGGAGGAGAGCGGGUCGGCUCGCCCCCUGGUACCUGUGCCUGGAGCUGGCCCAGGGUGUGGUGGUGCGGGGGGAGGAGCUGGUCCGCCACAGACCCAAGACGGGGCUGUGUCUGGGACUGGAAACGGGGCUGUGGCAGUUCCAGCGGUGGAAAGAGAAACAUGGACCAGACAGAUGGAUUUCAUCAUGUCCUGUGUGGGUUUUGCAGUCGGUUUGGGCAAUGUGUGGCGGUUCCCUUACCUUUGCUACAAGAAUGGAGGAGGUGAGCUUCAGAGGAUGUAAAAAGAUUGUAAUUUGACUGCAUGGGAAGCACCUUUGAAAUCUCUUGGGUUCUAGUUCAUAUAGAUCUUAACCAAAACAUGCCCACAAAGUUUUAGUUUUAGUUCUUCCAUGCAUGAACUCGUCUUGGAAACUUCCAUUUUGUGGUCUGGCCAUGAUAGUGUUGUUAUCAGCCCCUAACACUGCAUCCAUAAACACUUUAUAAGUCUGAAAAUAUUCAUUUAAACUCCUACUUAUUUUGGUAUCUGAAGGUCACAGCUGUUUGGAGUCUGUUUGUGAGGAAGCUUGGUGUUUACUAAGCUCUUGUGAUCUGAAUGCUAAAGUGAAUAAUACAAACUCAUUCUUAAUUUUCAACACUUCUGAAAUAUUAUGAAAUUGAGAAUCCAUUUUCAAGUUGAGAGGGGUCAUUUUUUGGUUAGGACCUGGUGCUAUAUGAUUAAAAAAUCGAACAUUUGCUCUUGUUAAGUUAACAGUUCCCUGAUUGGACAAGGGUUAAAGUCAGCAUGGCAUACUGACAGAGCGGUACCUGCGUGGUUGUGAGCACGUAGCUAGAGAGACCUGCCCACCUGAUUGGCUUCACUUUAUAUUUGAGCUGCCCGCUGUUCCGCAACUGAACUCAGUGCAGUUGACCUACAAUGUUUUAGCUGGCACUUGAGGCUGUUUGCAGUGCUGUAAAACUUCCCCUGCAUCCUAUUAUUUCAUGUCUGUCAGUUUGUCCUUAAGUAACCUGACCUGCUUCAGCUUUUGGCCUGGACUUUCUCUUAUCUCUACCCUACCCACGAUUUUUUAUGACAUGUUCCGUUGAAAUGAAAAUAAAUAUGAGGCUGUUUAUGUGUGUGUGGGUGUGUGUGUAUGAGUGUGUGUGUCUUUGUCCAGCCCUCCCUUUCUGUUGUGUGUGUGUGCAUCUUGUGACUGAUGGCUCCGAUACCCACCUUCUGGUAUCAUAUAACAAUGGCCUGCCUCACACAGUCCACCCCCUGUGCUCCUGCCCAGCACUCAUGCAGCAUACAAAGGUGCUCUCUCCCACUCUCCUCCUGAUAAGGAGGCAUAUGGAUGUGUCACACAAUAAUUGUCCUGUGACUGUGCCUGUCCUUUCCUCCCUUCCACGUCUGCACAGCAACAUUAGCCGUAGACCUUGAUUUUCUCUCUCUCUGACUAACCCAGUGUACACGCUGUAAAGCAACAACACUGGUAUCAGAUGAGGGCUCGGGCUCCUCGUCAGCUUUGAGACAGUAAUAGACGAAUGUACUGUACUGUGAAUGAAUGCGCCGCAAAUCUGGUUUCUCUAUUUAUUCCAAAGUCAUCAAAUAAUCUUAAUGUGUCUGGUCCACUCAUGAUUAGAAAGGAUUAAUAUAAGCCUAUUAAAGAUGCUUUUUAUUUCCAUGAUUCGGCCAAAAUGUUUGGGGUAUGUAUGCACAAGCAUUUUCUCCAUUCAUUCCAUUCACGCCUCCCAUUGCAUCUCUCUUUUACUCCCUCUCUUUCUCUUAGCGUCUGCCUCUCUCUCUCUCUCUCUCUCUCUCACUCUACCACUCCUCUCUCUCUCUCUGUCAGACUCACGCUCACGAAUGUUUCCUUAUAAGGCUGUAGCCCUCUGCUCUCACAGAAUGACAUAAAGCUUGAUUGACUGAAUCAGACGCAAAUUAUCAAUAGCCCUGUCUCAGAGGCGACCGGGUCAAUACCUUGAUAUGUACUUUUGUAAUCGCUGAGUCCCCUCAAACGCAACAUUGUCCCAGUUUUUCCCUGCCUCCCGUGACUGUAAUGUAUCCACCUUUCCCUCCUUUCUUCUGAGCCUCUCUCUCUGCUCUGCGUCACAGCUGGUCAUGUGACGCUCUCCCAUUUGCGUAACGUGGCGCUAUCAGUCAGUUAUGUUAUUAUUUAAACAAAGCUGUUGGUGUCGGAAUAAGUGACUGACAUAUCAUAAGCCAUCUUUUUCCUUUUUUUUGUGUGUCCACAGUAGCUUCUCCUACAGUUUGAGAUUAUUCAAGGAAACACAGAGCACUGAUCAAAUGCUCUUGGCGAAAUCUCACAAGUCCUAGAUGUCUUUAUUAAGUCUAGUUACUCCUGUUGGGGUCUAGUUUCUUAUUCCUGUCUCCAUUUGAUAGUCCUCCGUCUGCCUCCGCUCCCCUCGACUGCUCUGUUCAAGGACAAUACUCGCCAAAACAGUCCAAACACUUGUGGAACAAGAGAUAAUGCAGUCAUUUCCCACAUACACUUUCAGUGGGUCUCUUAUCUGUGGCCUUGUCUUUCCUCCUGCUUGGCUUUCGCUCUUUUUCCCCGUUGCUUCUUGUUGUGUCGAAUGCUUGCUCAGGAAGCGCAAUGCCAGUAUUUGUGCAGUGAGUCCUUCAGAGCUUGAUUAACAUGACUUUGACCUCAGAUGUUCUUUUUUUGAAGCGCUGUUUGUCCAUUUUGCAAUUACAGAACCGAGAUGGACAUAGCUACUGAUUAACUUUGUUCAACUAAUUACGCAAUAAAAAAAAACAUCAUUAUUAGCUUGAUGUGAUACAGAUAAAAUGUUAAUCUCCUGAUGUUAUUACCUCUGUUAUGAAUCCUUCUUCACUUCAUGUACCAGCCUCUAUCAUUGACUGUCUCUUCCCCCCUUAGACUUAUCAAAAGGGGGUCUUUGUUUAUUAUUUUAAACAAAACUUAUCUAACACACAAAAAUUCAGCGUCUUUCUAAAAUUAUUUUCACAUUAUGUUAGAGAUUGUGUUCAUACUUAAAAACUAAAUAAAAUAUUGAUGCUAUGUCAUUUCAUUUUAUUCACACUCAAAUGUCUGUUUUUGAGUUAUAUUCAAUGUUUUAGAGCAUUUCCAGAAUAAUAUUAUGCACUUCAAAUAUCAUUUAAUAGAUGUGACCAUGACAGGGAUUUAUAUUAGGGCCUGACCGAUUUAUCAGCGAGCCAAUUAAAUCGGCCAAUUUUAGCCCAUUUGAGACUAAUUGGUAAUCGGCCAAAACUCGCAGAUUUUCUCCGAUAUUUUCAGAAAUAAAAUGCGGAGAAUAAGAUUCGGUUUCACUUCGAAAAAUGUUUCGCCAUUUGAAAAGAUCCCCCGACUUAUCCUGUAGAUGGCACAGCGACCUCAUGACAAUGUUCAUCCACGAACUACCUCACAGCACAGCAGAGUGACGGCAGCUCAGGGAUGCGCGGAGGAGAGUGGUCCGCCGCAACAGUAAAUAAACCAGUUUGUGAAAUACACAAUAAGUCAAGUUUCAGUUCAACCCACUUCAUGAUGUUCCCCGCUGUGCUGGUCUGGGUCACGCCAAGUAAACGGUGAAGCACCAUGUAAUAUGCAAGCUAAAGUUAGAGUUAGCCAUCUGCUAUUAGCCUUGCUACACUGUUAGCCGUGCCAGUAUCGGUAGAAUAAACAACAGUACACAUUGCGUGAUCGAGCUACUUCUCUUACUGAGGCAGCUGUGUGUCUCCAGAUGAGGCCGGACCGAAAAUGUGUAACGUGAGUUAAGACGCGAAGGCACCGAUCGGUGGGAUAGUUGAAAACGCUUUUCUGGUCCGAGUUUGAUCAGUUGGUCUUCCUGUUGGCGUGAAGAGCAGUAGCCUAUAGUAUAUCUACAGUAUAUAGUGUACUGUAGAUAUCUACAGUAUAUGUGAUUUUAGAAAUUCAUAAAAAAAAAAUUUAAAUCAGUAAUCGGAUUUUUUUCCCCCCUAACAAUCGGCAUCGGCCCCAAAAAAUCCAUAUCAGUCGGGCCCUAAUUCAUAUGUUAUUUUUGUUGCAGGGGUAUUUCUCAUCCCCUACCUGCUGAUUGUGUUCAUCGGUGGAAUCCCGGUCUUCUUCUUGGAGAUUGCACUGGGCCAGUUUAUGAAGCAGGGAGGGGUCUCUGCCUGGAACAUCGCACCCCUCUUCAAAGGUUACUACCACAUGUUAAAAUCCCUCUGAAGUAGGUCUAUAACGCAGUGUGAUUUCAACUUUAUGUGUAAAUCCUUUCUCUUUCCAUCAGGUCUGGGCUUGGCCUCAAUGGUGAUAGUGUUCUUCUGUAACACCUACUACAUCAUGAUUUUGGUGUGGGGCCUCUACUUUCUCUUCCACUCCUUUACCAACCCACUGCCCUGGGCCACCUGUGGACACCCCUGGAACACCCCCAACUGUACACAGGACUUCCGCCGCGCCUGCCACAACCGUAGUGCUACCCAGGCAGCUCUGCUGUCAACUGAUGCCUCCUCCUCCAACCCCCUCGCUCCAACCACGUCCCCGUUGAACCUCUCCUCAGCCCAGCUUCUCCUCAAUGGCAGCUGUAUGGAGGUGGAAGGCAUGCGCUCCCCAGUCAUCGAGUUCUGGGAGUAUGUCACACACUGCCUGAGUUUUUGUCAUUUCACUUCAUAUACAUGAUGGAUUUUUAGCCAGAUUUAGUCUAGCAAGAAAUUUACUCUCCCGCAAACUACAAGUUUAUGAACUUGUUGAACUAAAAUUUAUAAAAUAUUUAAUCCUGAAGUCUGUUACGAUUCGUCUUUGCUAACUUUUUUCUUUGCUUGGAAUUUUUUAUUUAUUUUUUUUAACUCUGAUUGGUUAUGUUAUGUGUUGUUUUGUUAAACCCAGGUCCAAUAUCCCUCCACAUUUUCCAAAUCUUUCAAGUUUUUACAUGCUCCUUAACUGAGGAGCAGAUAAUGGUGACAACUGCUCUGAUAUCCCACAGAUUUGGACAGCCUGUAUGAUACCAGUAUGGCUAUCAUGUAAGCACAAUGAUUAUGGAAAUGGAACAGUGUGUCUGGAGAGAUUUUGAAAAUCUAAAUUUACAUCUAUAAAGAUUUCCGUUGACUCAUCUUCUGCCAAAUGACUAAUAAAAUUUAACAAGGUACUGCAUCGAGGCGCUGUGUACUUUGAGUAACUUUCUGACCUUUGUUCGGUCAGAAGCUGCUUUUAUGUCACUGACACUUCACUUUUCUGGUAUCCAUCUUGCACUUGCAAAGCCUAUAAAUGCCUAAUUUGGCAUGCAAAGCUACAGUUACUUUUAUUCUGUUGGAGUUAUAUAUGAACCUUUACUGUGUGUCUUCAAAGUGUGCUUUUGGAAACCUCCCUUCUUUCCCCUCUUGUUUAAUGCUGCAUCUCUUCCUUCCUUCUAGACGUAAAGUACUUCGUCUCUCUGGCGGGCUGCACGAGCCUGGUGACAUCAGCUAUGAGAUGGUGCUGUGUCUUAUAGCUACUUGGGUCAUUGUUUACUUCUGCAUGUGGAAAGGAGUCAAAUCCACCGGCAAGGUAAAGCAUUUUCUGUCUGUACUGUUCAUGAUUUUCAAUGUUGUAUGUCGAUUUGGGUUCAUGGAGAGCAGAUUAACAGUACUGGCUCGAUGAAUUUACUGUAAGUGAAGGUAUUACUCUCUUUUGUCAGGGGUGAUGGAGUAUUUGCAUGGCAGAGUUUCAAAUCAUUGCAGCAUGUUGGCCCUUGGCCCCAGUGAGAAAAUCAUCGUCUAGACUGAAACACAAAAAUAAUCACACUUAUUUAUUAUUUAAAUGUCUGCUAAUUUGUGUGGCUGCCUGAUUUCUCAGGGAAUUUAUGUAUAUGAGCAGCUUAAUGUUCUAAUAAGGCUCUAAUCUUCACUUGAUCCGUAGAUCCCUAUUAUGUUUUUCUCUACGUAAAUCUUAGUUAGAGCGACUCCUCUUUAAUAGUUUGUAAAGAUGCCUUCUUUUUUGUAAAUGUGUCCUGCCACAUCACCGUAUGAACGCAUCUUUAUUUGUGUUACUUGGGCAUGUCUGUGUUUGCAUACUUGUGUCUCCAGAGAAGCCAAAGCUCAUAGUGCGAGGGAGAAAAAAUAAUGAAGGCGAUUGAGCCAGCCAGCUGUAAGCCGAUUAGUAGCUUUCCACCAUGUAGAUGUUUUAGAGCUGGAAGGGGCUUUUCUGCCAAUGUUCACCCUAGAUCAAGGCAAAUAUGUGCUUUCUCACUACUUUGCUCUCACCAUACUGAUUUAGCUUGGACUUGAUGCUGUGAUUAGGUAGCAGGGUGCAGUUUUCUCAGCAUAACUUGACAAAGACUACCUUCUGAAAAGGUCUGCCAAAAACCCCUGCUAUUGCAGGAGGUUUACAAAUUGUCUGGCUUUCCAUUUACAGGCUACCUUUUCUUCAAAGUAACAUGACAGGGCCCAUUACACAUCUACUUCAGGAAGGACCUAAUGGGCUUCUACUUAAGACUUGAGUAUUUGCAAAGCAGGUAAUUGCUCAAUCAAAGUGAUAAAAAUAUACUAAGGUGCAAAUAUAUAAACACUCAUAGAUCAUAGAUGAUGGACAAUUUCAUAAGCACUGAACUUUUCCAGCUAGCUUGUUAAAUUCAUCACAUAAUUACAUAUGUAAUGUACUUGCGUGUAUUUGUAGGUGUUAAAAUGUUUUAAGGGUUUACUAUGGAGUCUUUUUUUCACUCAAUGCAAGCUAUAGUGCACAGAAUUCACAGCUCACCUCACCUCCCCCAAGUAUACCUUACAAAUUUGGUCCCAGAGAAUCUACAAGUGUACUUCACAGCUCUCUUUUUUCAUCUUUCUGUAGGUUGUGUACUUCACUGCUCUUUUCCCAUACCUGGUUCUGGUCGUCCUUUUGGCCCAUGGAGUCACUCUACCUGGAGCUUUGGAUGGGAUUGUUUACUACCUGAAACCGGACUGGUCUAAACUUGGAGAAGCCCAGGUAUGACCAUUGCAUAACCCAACAUCUGGCUGCCCCCCGAACGUUUGCCUCUUUCUGUGUAGCAACAAGAAAAUAUUGCAUAUUUGUCCAUCAGUGUCGAGAAAACACAAUUCAAAAAAGUGUAAAACAUUAUCCGGAUUAUUCCGUCUUUUACAGGUGUGGAUUGAUGCUGGCACUCAGAUUUUUUUCUCUUAUGCCAUCGGACUGGGCGCUCUGACUGCGCUGGGCAGCUACAACCGCUUCCAUAACAACUGUUACCAGUGAGAUGACACACGACACACAGUACUUCACAUCACACACUACUGUCACUGGAAUAAGGCCAACAUCAACACUAACACCGUCAGCCAGACUCUGUGUUCUGCCACAUGUCACGGUAGAAUAUUAAAGAAACAUUAAGUUUCUUUCACUGGGUAGAAACAAGCAGAAAGAGAGCAACUUCAGUUUGUUAAAGUCAAAUUAAAGCUAUGGUCUACAAUCUGAAAACCAGUUUUGGCUGUUGAGACAGAUUUAAAAAAAGCAGCCUGUUCCAAGAUCCCGCCCCCCUGCCCGUGUCGCCUCCUAACAACACGCCCCCUCCGAUAGAGCAAGAAGCCGGUCGGCAGAAAAUAUCAGUGGCAAAGCUAGCUUAAAAAAUAUCUCUCUUGGACCGGCGCGAUCAAAACCAUAUAUUAGCGGGGCGAAGCGGGUCUGGUGUCACCACUGCUAGCCAGUCAGAGCAGAGCCGAUUGUGGGCGAGGCUUUACCUUUCUCGGUGUGUCUUCCCCAGCUCAGUUUACAAUGCUAAAGAUACGUGGCUAACUUAUGCUAAAAUCUAUUGACAGAGCCUACCCGUUCCGACCAACAACGUUCAGUCAUUAGCCGGAGUAGGCACAGACUAACCAGAGUUAUUCAGCAGAUCUCCCACUGUAGUAAACAAAGUAAUUACCUGUUCAACGGAAAUUCGGCUGUCUCAGCGGUUGGACGUUUCUCUGAUGUAGACUCUCCGUUGGCGCCUGUAUCGCUCAUAUUUCUUCCUUAACUUCAGGCUUUUCCUCGAAACUUCUACGUUUCCUUCCCUUCGAUGUGGAGGGUAACAGAAGCGGCCUCCUGGUUUCGGUGUUUGUCUCCGACUCCAUUGCGCUUCAGUAGCUGUGCAGCUAGCUAAUCACAUGUACGUGAGGGGGGUAGUGGGAGGAGGCGGACCAUGGGCGGGACGGUGUGGACCAAUCCAAACCGUCGUAACCCUGGCGGUUCAGAUUGGUCGAUUAUUAUGCCUUUUUGCAGCGGAUAUACUGAAUGGAUUUUUUUCGUUCUUUUCGAUCUUUAUAUUGCGUAUAUCGGAUCAUAACGGCCUUAUAAACAAUGUUAUUAAUAAGUACCAAGCUUCCAAAUGGUAGACCGUAGCUUUAAAUACAAGAAGGUCCAAAACGCCUCAAAUAUUAAACACUAAGCCAUUUCUUUUCCUGAUGUAAGUAGGAGUAAAUCAGCUGUCAGCGAGCACCAAAGUGAGUUCUUUAUCAUCCAUUAGGCUUUAUCUUAAUCUCAAGCAGUCAUUCCACUGUGCCUUCUUAAAGCUGAAGACAUAAAAAGCAACAAUAGCGGGUCAGAGAUAGAAGCACAAGCCUGUGUCACACAGUGUGCGUAUAACAACAGCUGGCCUCACAUGUGCUGUUUUCUGUUGGAUGCUUGGUGAGCUCGCAUGCGUUUACCCCAAACAGGCAGAUAUGUAAACAUAAUAAGAACUUUACAAGGUAGCUCCGUGGAUAUAAUUGUUUUCUAAACAGCAGCACUUGCAUAUUUGGAAUGUCCAUAAUAGGAGGAGCUUCACAAAUACCCCGCCAUCCGACUUUUUCUCUGCCUUGACCUUAAUUGGAAGUUAAAAGAUGAGAUCAGAUUCUGAGGUAUGUCAGCUCAGCUCUGUUUCUCACACACACACACACACUGUAAGCACAAGAAUAGCUAGAGCUGUGUAUAUAAACUGCUCACGGAUGCCGAGCUAUGGUAUAUUUUCAAAGAACACAAUUUCGGGGGUCAUGUUCACUUGAUUCCAGAACACAUAGCUUAACUUUUCAUGUCUUUUUUUAAUUUCAUGCUAGCUAUGGAGCUGCAGGGUUCACAGUCUGUUUAUUUGUCCGUCUAAGAGAUUUAGGAGCGGAGUGAAAGUAUAACACUCCCAAUGCCUCCACAGAGGAAAAACAAAAGAGAAAGUGCCCUGUUAUGCUAGCUUUCAACAAAAACUACAUCUGCUUGUCUCAAAUGAACACACGAGGAACUGCAUUUUUGCGUUCUUCGUAUGACAAUGAUCGAUGCAGCUUUCAGUGGAAUAAUCCAGGUCUGGCAGUAUUGAGCUCGGCCUGACAACAUAUAUGACAAAUGCAUGUACAAAGACUUGUUGUGGCCUGCUGUGUAUGCUCAGGCACUCUUGAUAGCCAUGAUUAUUAACAUCCAUAGGCACUCCUCACAGCACAGCUUCAUUCAGACGAAUAGAGCCUAAUGACUGAGUGCGUCUUGCUUCUGGAUACAGCUGGUGUUACAACAGACAUCAUUGUGCAGCUGUUGUUUAAACAUUCUUCAUAUCAGAAAGGAUUCUUGGCUGAUGUUGACUUAUCAGGAUAAACAGGAGGUCAUUUUUUUACCAUGACCGCUGUAUUACAAGGGCUGUGCUCAUGCGUAAAUGAGAAUAAGAUCCCCCUUAUUAAGUAUUAAAGCGUGUAUCAUUAUUGUUGUACUUUUAUUUAUACAUAGUGUGUAGUGCUGAGGGUUUUCUUUUACUCUUUCCCUCUCAGACCUUGAGACGGGCCUCCCAUCAGCUAUUUUCGUUGCUCUUUGUCUCUACCUGUCAACGCCAGAGACAACAACAGCUUUCAGAGAAAUUGCUAUUGAUCCUAAAUUCGCUAUCCCAGCCCAUCUCCUCUGUGGACCGAGUUUGUCUUGAGUGUCCUACAUGAACCUCAUAUUACAGCACGUUCUAAUGUACCUGAGUCUCACAGUUUAACUCUCUCUUUCUUCCUCUGUACAGGGAUGCUUUCCUGCUGGCUCUCAUAAACAGCGGAACAAGUUUCUUUGCAGGCUUUGUGGUUUUCUCUGUGCUGGGCUUCAUGGCUGCAGAGCAAGGCGUGGACAUCAGUAAGGUAGCUGAGAGUGGUAAGAAUUACGGCAAGGCUGCAUGAAAGCAAGUGCAGUAAGCUCAGAAUCGACAGUAAGAGCUGAAUUCCAUGUAUGGUUCAUGGCUCUGACUCUGUUUCUCAACAUGCAGGUCCUGGUCUGGCAUUUAUAGCCUACCCUAAGGCAGUGACCCUGAUGCCUCUGGCGCCACUCUGGGCAGCACUUUUCUUCUUUAUGUUGCUCAUACUGGGCCUGGACAGCCAGGUAAUUCUGAUCCCUGUCACAUUUGAGCUUGUUUUGUAGAGACACUUGCGAACAAAAACAAAUCAGAAGCAGUAUACGGAAGAAUUUCCUGCUUCUAUAUCGUAUCCAGUUUUAGCUUUAGUUUCCGAAGCAGCAUUUUUGUUGUGUGUCUGUUUGAGCCGGAGCCUACAUCCAUUGUUUUACAGCCCAGGGUUUUUGUCAAUGAGCUUCUGUCCGAUUCACACAGAGAGCGUCUGUCUCCUCUCCAAUCCAUUCAGUUAUUCUCACUUGUCAUUCUCUCCCUCAUUUCUUCUUCUCCUGUCUUUCUCCGUAGUGCUUACAUUGUUGCUUUAAUGAAAGCUGUGAAAAUAGCUUUGUUCCUCUGGAGGUUUGUGUAAAAAGUCAAGCAUGGGCUGGCUGAGGAUAGGUGUCUGAAUCUCGGCUUAUAUUCUCUCCUGCACAGACACACAAAUAUAAGUCUUGGAACUGUUUGAGAAGGAACUGUACACCACAGUACAGGAUUCAGAAAGCUAAAACAAAGAGCCGAGCAGCUGAUGCAUGAUCCUUAAUGUUUCAUUUUUAAGGAUUUGGAAACAUUUUCAGUUUCGAUGUUAUUCCCCAGGACAGAUAAAUGUUAUGUUUUACCUUAAAUUGUAUUUGUGGGCAUCAGAAAUGUGCUUUUCUAUCAUUCAUACUGAAUUUUUCAGUUUGUAGGGGUGGAGGGUUUAAUAACGGGAAUCAUGGAUAUGCUACCCCCCAAAUCUGCCCUGGGCUCCCUGCGACGAGAGGUGGUAGCAGCCAUCUGCUGCGUCAUCUGCUUCCUCAUCGACAUGUCCAUGGUCACCGAGGUACAGUGAGGACUUUCUUGACUUUUUCACUCAUACUUAUUCAAAAGUAACACAACCUAUCACUAUGAGGCCAGAGAAAAUAAUCAGAAAAAUGCUGAAAAGUCUUUUUUAAAUUGGAUUGUUAGCCCCCAUUCUGAAGAAGGCGUAAAAAAACGAAUUUCCAGGGAGACACUUGGAUGAAAGCCUAAAGAGUGGGGACGAGGCUGGAAAAUAGGUCACACAUUAAGUAUUAACAUUGUGGUCUUAAUGCUGACUGCUUGCUCUGUUUGUUACAGGGAGGGAUGUAUGUCUUCCAGCUGUUUGACUACUACUCCGCCAGUGGCAUCACUCUGCUGUGGCAGGCCUUCUGGGAGUGUGUUGUUAUUGCAUGGGUCUAUGGUGAGAGAGCACCCAACUAUCACAGCACAUCCAACACAAACACCACCAUUCAAAGCAUAAUCAAAGCGUCCCUCUGUCGUGUUUAUCAGGCGCAGACCGUUUCAUGGACGACGUGGCUCGUAUGAUCGGCUAUCAGCCGCUCCCCUACAUGAAGUGGUGCUGGUCCUACAUCACGCCUUUUGUCUGUGUGGUGGGUGCAGCUCUGUGUGCUUUUCUUUGAGUUUUAUCAACCAUUUUACAUAAUACUGACCUCUAUUGUGCACGCAGGGAGUGUUCCUGUUCCACGUAGUGAACUACAAGCCCCUUACCUACAACACAGUGUACACUUAUCCCUUGUGGGGUGAAGCGCUUGGAUGGGCACUGGCUCUGUCUUCAAUGCUCUGUAUCCCUGUUACCGUUCUGUACAAGCUACUGCGCUGCAAAGGAUCUUUGCGGGAGGUCAGUGUGCUUAGGGGCAGGCAUGCAUGGUCAUUCACUCUCUUUUAUGAGUGUUUCUGUUUAGAGUCUGCAGAAAUGUGUCUCCUUGGAUACUGCCCAACCUUUCUUGCACGUUAUUUAUUUAGCUAAUACCCUUGUCACUCAUUAAAGAAAGCCCUUUCGAGCAGGUCGAAGCAUGUCCUCUAUUGACAGCUCUUAUUUUUGCCCUUGUCUCCCUCCACACAGCGGUGGCAGCACCUUACCACACCAGUUUGGGGUAGACAUCACCUGGAGUACCUCGCCCCUGAGAGCGAGGCCAAACUGCUGCCCCCUGCAGGCACCAAGAGCACGCUUCUCUUUGAAAGUGUCAUCUGAUGAGCUGAGCCCCACAGAUUACAGAGCAAAGGUUGCCCCCUGACAGUUACACACACACACACAUUUACACAAACUGACACACACGCUACACAUGACACAUGCAUUCUACACAGGCCCGAUAAGAGCAAUGCCCAGAUUUAUUAAACUAAACUGCUAAGGAGAAGCCCUGGACAAAUGGACCAAAGAAUACAUGGGAAAAGAACUGAAUUACACAUCCUCGACCAUACAGUCAUUGUCACACGCUGUUAAACCCUCUGCUCUGCUUUUCUGACUCUACCUCGCUGACUCCGCCCUCUCUCUCUCUGCUCCCUGCCUUUGUGCUGUCCUGUCCUGUCUCGUCCCGUGGGUGUUGUGUACCUGUGUAGCCGUGAUAUCUUACCUCUCUGUGCCCAUUUGUCAGGGUUUUUAAUGGCCUCAUCCAUCCAAACAUGUCGUGUCCUGUUGUGAGCAGAAACUUAAAAAGAUUCUAAUGAAACUUUCUUCAUGAAAGACCUCAUAUCUGCUGCUGAUUUGCUAUGGUCCGAGUGUGUCUGUUUGAACUUACACAAUGUUUGUGCGUCUGUACCCAUUGUGUGUGUGUGUGAAUGUGUGAGUGUGAGCAUGUGUCCUCGAGGGGAUGUUUGUGUCGGACCAUGGCGGUAGUGUCUUCAUUUGUAUGUGAAGUAGCCUUUCAGGCCAUUGUUCCUGCCAACUGUAUUCUCUCAAUCAACUGUACAAAAACAACUUCCAUUUGUAAAGAAAAAUAGUGAUACUGAUAAUCAAAAAGAGACAAUGCAUCACCACUUCCAGCUGUGUGUUAUGAACUAUCUUAAAUAUCCAGUGUAUUGUAGGGUCUGUGAAUCAGUGUUAAUAUUUGGAGGGGGUGAUGAUCAGUAUUUCCACCUUAAAAGAAGGAGAAAUUGUAGACUGAACUGUGCAAAAAGCAGGAGAGUGGGACGAGGGGAGGGGAAAGAGACUUGAUGCCAUGUCAGGAAAGAAGCAAUAAAUGACCUGAUAAAGAUGGA